CUCAGUGGCCACUUCCGGGAUCUGUCAGCCGCUCCCUCUGGGCCUCCCUCCUCCGCCCGCUCUCGCUGGAGUCUGUUCGCGUUGACUGACCAGAGUCCGCGAAUCCUCCGCUGCGAGCCUCCCGACCGCCCGGGGCAGCUUUCAGCCCUUUGAAAACACUAAGAAUCAUGUCCCUGCAUCAGUUUCUACUAGAGCCCAUCACUUGCCAUGCCUGGAACCGGGAUCGUACCCAGAUUGCUCUUAGCCCCAAUAAUCACGAAGUGCACAUCUACAAGAAGAACGGCAGCCAGUGGGUGAAAGCCCAUGAACUCAAGGAACAUAACGGACACAUCACAGGUAUUGACUGGGCUCCUAAGAGUGACCGCAUUGUCACUUGUGGGGCAGACCGCAAUGCCUAUGUCUGGAGUCAGAAAGAUGGCGUCUGGAAGCCAACCCUGGUGAUCCUGAGGAUUAACCGCGCAGCCACUUUUGUGAAGUGGUCCCCGCUAGAGAACAAGUUUGCCGUGGGGAGUGGAGCCCGGCUCAUUUCUGUUUGUUACUUUGAGUCUGAAAAUGACUGGUGGGUGAGCAAGCACAUUAAAAAGCCAAUUCGCUCCACGGUCCUCAGCUUGGACUGGCAUCCCAACAAUGUUUUGCUGGCUGCUGGCUCCUGUGACUUCAAAUGCAGAGUGUUCUCCGCCUACAUUAAAGAGGUAGAUGAGAAGCCAGCCAGCACACCCUGGGGCAGUAAGAUGCCUUUUGGUCAGCUAAUGUCUGAAUUUGGAGGCAGUGGCACUGGUGGCUGGGUACAUGGGGUCAGUUUCUCUGCCAGUGGGAGCCGCCUGGCCUGGGUCAGCCAUGAUAGCACCGUGUCUGUUGCUGAUGCUUCAAACAGCGUGCAGGUCUCAACUCUGAAAACUGAGUUCCUGCCACUCCUGAGUGUGUCAUUUGUCUCGGAGAACAGCGUGGUUGCUGCUGGCCAUGACUGCUGCCCAAUGCUCUUUAACUAUGACGACCGUGGCUGCUUGACCUUUGUCUCCAAGCUAGACAUUCCAAAACAGAGCAUCCAGCGCAACAUGUCUGCCAUGGAACGCUUCCGCAACAUGGACAAGAGGGCCACAACCGAGGACCGCAACACUGCCUUGGAGACGCUGCACCAGAACAGCAUCACUCAAGUGUCUAUUUAUGAGGUGGACAAGCAAGACUGUCGCAAAUUUUGCACCACUGGUAUUGAUGGAGCCAUGACAAUUUGGGAUUUCAAGACCCUAGAGUCCUCGAUCCAGGGCCUCCGGAUAAUGUGAAGCCGAGCGAGUCUCCGCCAUCCAGCUUGAGGAGCAGGCUGACCACGGCUCUGCCUCACGUGGUGUCGAGGAACGCAGGCCCCAUGGAAACACUGCACCUCGGAUCAAGCAAACUGUGUGUUCGUUUGGGUAUCAUUGGUGAGAGUGUUGGUUUUAAAGGAGGCAGUGGUUUGUUUUCUGUUUUGUUUUCCUUUUGUUUUGUUUUGAUUUUGGUAUUUCAUUCCAUUUUGACCAAAGCUUCUCUUUAAGUAGUUUGUUACUGAGAAUUGUCACACUAACUUAAAGGAAAGGGUGAAGGGUGUGUGUGUAACUUGUCUGCCAGAAAUGCAAAUAAAAAUCCUGAAUGUGUAAA